AAUGCUGUAAAGUGUUAAUUUUUGUGUUAAAUUGAUUUUGUCUCAUUAAAUUUUUUUAUUUCACAAAUUCUUUUGAGUUUUUUAACUCACAUCUUUAUUUAUUAUGGAGAAGAAAAAUGAAAAAGAAGCUAAAACUGUAACACCAAAAGAUGUGUCGUUUGCCGACAAUGAAGAAACUUUCUUCGAUUUGCGAACCAAACGAGGUCAAUUUCUGUUCUUCGUCGUAACUGUGUUGGCGGCAUCUCUCAUGGCGUUAGUUUCAAAAGAGGAAUUGCGAAAAUUUUUGCUGUAUGAAGAGAUUCGUAAAAACUCAUCUUGCGUAUCAAAUGUCGUUGUGCCUUCUAUCAACUCUCCCAAGUACUUUAUGUGGCAACGGAAUAUCGAACGGAUCGAUAAUGGGCAUUUGAAACACGUUGUUGCCGUAUUUGAAAGACUCGGAUUCACGCGAGUUUACAACGAAACAGAUCCAUGGGAUGUUUUAUGGGCACACGAUUAUCCAUUCACGGCUCUCGGAAGUAUAUUGAGAAAUCUUGAGUCAUAUCGACGCGUAAAUCAUAUACCUGCAACAGGUUUUGUCACGAACAAAGUUGAUUUGGCUGUAUCAGAUCCGGAAAAUAAAUUCAUUCCAAAGGCAUUUCAAUUGCCGAAAGACGAAGCAACUUUUCGUGAAUAUGCGAAACAGAAUCCGACUAAAAUGUUCGUGCAAAAGGGCAAUAAGCAUCGAGAUAUUUACAUCAGGAGCGUCGAUGAGAUCGACUAUAAGAAUGAAGAGACAUUUAUUCAAGAAUAUGUUGAUAAUCCCUUUUUGGUUGACGGACACAAAUUCGAUAUCGGCAUUUAUGUGAUCAUAACUUCUCUCAAUCCAUUGCGAAUUUACAUGUACAAUGGAGAUAUUUUGUUCCGUUACUGCCCUGUAAAGUACAAUCCGUUUGAUCCGAAAAACAUCGACAAAUAUGUCGUUGGAGAUGAUUAUUUACCAACUUGGCAAAUUCCUGCGUUGCAAAAAUAUUAUAAGGAUCAAGGAUUUGGAAUGCGAGAUAGUUUUGAUGCUUACGUGCGCAGUCAAGGAAAAGAUCCGAAAAUCAUUUGGAGUCGUGCCGAAGAAGCAAUUCGAUCAGUUCUCGUCAAAGCAGAAUCUCAAAUUCUUCCGUUUUUGCAAAAUUAUCAAUAUCGUUCGAGUUUCUUUGAAAUGAUCCGUUUUGACCUGAUUAUCGAUGACGAUUUGAAUGUGUACAUCAUGGAAGCAAAUAUGUCGCCAAAUCUCUCUUCGGAUCAUUUCAAACCAAAUGCUUUGUUGUACGAACAAGUUCUUUACAACGUUUUUGGUCUUGUAGGCAUCGGAUCAAGAGUUCAACGAGAUUCGUUCAAGCGAAGAGAAACUGCAACAGAACACAUGCAAUCUGCCAACAAGAAUGUCGUAGUUUUUCCCGAAAUAUGCAGCGAAGCUCCGUGUAUUGAGUCUUGUGCAGCAGAAAAAUGUCAACUCUGCAUGUCGUGUCUUAAUUCGUAUCAACUUUUUGAUUUGCACGCCGCUUACAGAGAACACGUCAAUCGAGGCGAGACAAAAAGAGUUUUCCCUCCGGAGAUAAAUGAUCCCGAAAAGUUCGAUGAGAACGAAAUUCGUCAUUUAUCUGCGAAAAAUCAAAUGAUGAUCAAAUGGUUUGUGGGAAAAUGCAAAGUAAAUAGAAGUUGGUGUGUGUAACUCUCGAAAUAUUUAAUAUUCCAUCCGUAAUUUUAGUAACCAAUGUAUAAAAUUAGUUAACGUUUUU